CCACAGAACAGGACGCUGCCAGUUUUGCAGCAGUCUGGUGUGUGAGAGGGAAUAAUGAAACAGCUCUUAUUAUUUUGAGAAGAGAUUUAAUGGGGGUCAUAAAAGUGAAGACCAGUGCUGCAGUGCUUUAGCCUUCCGUGGUGUGUCAGACAGUAAUCUUUUCUGAGCCCAGAAAGAUGAAUACUCUAAGAAGUGUGCGGGGGAUGGCCGGGCUGAGACGAGCCGUGAUUGCUGUGUAUCUCAAGCCUGUGCUCUGCGGUGGGAUGGCUGACCUCAGCCCAGUGACUGCUGCAGGUAUUGGGUGUGCACGAGCCUACCAGUCCCUACAGGGCGUGUAUGGAUACAAGCAUCAGGAACCGAAGUCUUUCACGUUGCCAGAUGAAGUUAUUCAGCAGAGGAAGGAAGAAAGCAGUUUGUUUCGAUGGAUCAGUGCCUUUCAGGAAUUUGGUCACCUGACAGCAGAUGUGAACCCAAUACAUCCUAACACCAGACAGGUGCCUGAGCUGGAGCCUGAGCUUUAUGGUCUCAGCCGUGAUGCCUCAUACAAACCUCGUGGUCUUGUGGCCGGCUGUGAUGGCACGUAUACCCUUCAGCAGCUGCAAGAUAUCCUGAAACAGAAAUAUUGUGGUCACAUCAGCGUUGAGUUUUCAAAUUUACCUACAUUAGAGGAGAGGGAAUGGUUUGCCAAUGCUGUGGAAAGCCUCCAAGAUGAAGUCAUCACUCCAGAAGAGCGUAUUAGGUUGGCAGGAGACAUGUUGCGCUCACAAGCCUUUGACAACUUUCUGGGGACAAAGUUCCAGAGUGUGAAGCGUUAUGGUGCUGAAGGAGGAGAGUCCACUAUGGGCUUCUUCUCAGAAGUCUUCAGAAGAGUGGCACAAGAGGGUGUGGAGCAAGUAGUGAUGGGCAUGGCACACCGAGGACGCCUCAACCUGCUGACAGGUCUUCUGCAGUACCCAGCCAGUGUAAUGUUUAGGAAAAUGAAGGGACUGCCAGAGUUUCCAGAGAAUGUCAAGUUUAUUGGGGAUGUUUUGUCACAUUUAACCAUCUCACUUGACAUGGAGAUGGAAGGAGACAAUUCCUUGCAUGUCACAAUGCUGCCAAAUCCUUCCCACCUGGAGGCUGUGAACCCUGUUGCAUGUGGCAAGACCCGUGCUCGACAGAGGAGCCUCAGGGAGGGAUACUACUCCCCAGACCCUGAUGCCCAGCCUGGAGACAAAGUGGUCUGUCUACAGGUUCAUGGAGAUGCAGCACUUGGUGGGCAGGGAGUGAUCCAAGAGACCCUUGCCCUCUCAGCUGUUCCUCAUUUUGACAUAGGAGGAGCAUUGCAUGUUGCCAUUAAUAAUCAGAUUGGCUACACCACCCCUGGGGAGCGCACAAGGUCCUCCAAUUACUGCACUGAUGCCGCUAAGAUGUGUGGGAUGCCAGUCAUUCAUGUCAAUGGGGACCAGCCUGAGGCUGUGGUGAAAGCAGCACGACUGGCUGUGCAGUACCAGAGAAAGUUUCGGAGAGACGUGUUUGUGGACCUGCUGUGCUGGCGGCGGUGGGGCCACAAUGAGUUGGACAACCCACGCUUCACCAACCCUACCAUGUACCAUGUCAUUGAUGCACACAGGAGUGUCCCGGAUACUUAUGCUGAACAGUUGAUUGAGGAAGGUGUGUUGGGGAGAGAAGAGGCCAUGAAAAUCACUGCUGACCACAUGGCUUUCCUCACAGAACAGUUCAAAUUAGCAGAUUCCACUGUUCCAAAGGCCCCUCAUCUUGAAAAGCAAUGGGCAGGACUGGUGCAGGCCCCAUCCUCACUUCAGGUGUGGGACACUGGGGUGGACAGCCAAACUCUGCAGUAUUUAGGAGCAAAAUCUGUAGAAAUUCCUGAAAAUUUUAAUCUACAUAAGCAUUUGAAGAAGACUCACGUAGAGGCCCGACUUCAAAAAUUGAGAGAGGGUGUGGGUCUGGACUGGGCCACAGCAGAAGCCUUAGCAUUUGCUUCUUUAUUGUAUCAAGGGUUUGGUGUUCGUAUUAGUGGCCAGGAUGUUGGUCGGGGUACCUUCUCCCAGCGCCACUGCAUGUUCGUUGACCAAGAGACAGCUGAGAUGCAUAUUCCUCUCAACUUCAUAAGUGAAGGCCAGAGUGCUUAUCUGGAGGUGGCCAACAGCAUUCUCUCAGAGGAGGCUGUGUUGGGCUUUGAGUAUGGCAUGUCCAUAGAAAGCCCAAACACCCUCUGUAUAUGGGAGGCUCAGUUUGGAGACUUCUAUAAUGGUGCCCAGAUUAUGAUUGAUACCUUCAUUUCUGGUGGUGAAGCCAAGUGGUUGCUGCAGAGUGGCCUGACAAUGGUUCUACCUCAUGGGUAUGAUGGUGCAGGACCUGAACACUCGUCAUGUCACAUGGAGCGAUUCCUACAGAACAGCAGCUCCAGUGAGACAGUGCCAGAUGGGGAUGAUGUGAACUGGUGCAUUGUGAAUCCCACCACACCUGCUCAGUACUUCCAUGUGUUGAGGCAACAGAUGAUCAGAAAUUUCCGCAAGCCCGUCAUCGUUGUGGGUCCCAAAGUGCUCCUGCGUCAUCCUGCAGCAACGUCCACCCUGCAGGACAUGGCUCCAGGCACACAUUUCCUCCCUGUCAUUGGUGAUCCUGAUGUCAAUCCAGAUAAUGUAAAGAAGGUUGUUUUUGUGAGUGGGAAGCACUACUACACUCUGGUGGGAGAGAGGAAGGCACGAGGCAUCACAGACACGGCCAUCAUCAGGCUGGAGAGCUUGUGUCCCUUCCCAACACCACAAAUUAAUGCUGAACUGAUAAAAUACAAAAAAGCAAAGAAGUUUGUUUGGUCUCAAGAGGAGCAUCGUAACAUGGGGCCGUGGUUCUUUGUUCACCCUCGCUUUGAAAAUCUGUGUGCCACCAAGCUGGAGUACUCUGGCCGAGACGUGUCUGAAGUGCCGGCCACUGGUGUGGCUCAGUUCCACAAGGCUGAGGCACAGGCUCUGAUUAACCAGACCUUUGCUCUAUAAACCCACUCUUCCUACAAAAGAUUCCUAGUCAAAGAAAUAAUUUUUAGGGGAAAAAUAGCCAUUACAUCUUCAAAUGUAUUAAGAAUUUAAGUGCCUCAACCACUUAGAUACUGCUUCUAACAAAGUAUUUAAAACAUAUGAACUAGUCACUUUUGUCUAUUUUCAAUUUGAUUUCAUCUAUGAAGUGAACUUAUGUCUUUCAGUUACUGAAGGUUUUAAGGCGGUGUGUCACACUAGCACUAUUUCCGUCAUUAAUGUGAUUUCCUUCGAUUUUUCAUCGUUCCGCAUGAACUUAUCGCAUGAAUUUGUCAGACGAUCGGGAUCGUUUCCGUCUGCAAAUUUCCGCCUUUGUUUACAUUUCCAAGACCAAGACCGAGACUUUCUGCUUGGCUUCAACCUGUCUCACAGAGUGUUAUUACCACCUCUACGCUUUGUCAUGGAAGGAAAACCACAUCUAAGCUGGACACGCCUUUCAGAAGAGUUCCUUGUGGAAAGCAUAAGGAGCCAUAAGUGCCUCUGGGACCACAAGGAUGAAUCUUACAUAAAGAAAGACCUGAAAAGAGCGGCUUACAGCACAGUCACCUGUGCACUCCAAUACUUUGUCUCACAAUACACAGUAUUAGUUUCAGAGCAGCAUAUCUUUGCCACAGCGUGAACUCCAUGUUUGUUUACACUCCUUGGUCUGUGCCGAUGGAAAAUUUCAGACAAAACACCAUUUGUGUGUAACAAGCCGCAGCCAAGAUAUUAACGAUUUUCAGAAAAAUGACAGAAAAAGUUGACGGAAAAAGUGGUAGUGUGACACACCGCCUUUAGUGAAUGAACAUACAUAUAGUGAAGAAUUUGAGAUUUUUAAUAAUAAGUAUUUAGUGAAAUGUCUUCCAGUCACAGAUGAAAAAUGUUUUUUUAAAAUAAGGAAUGAUGGACAGAUGAAUAAGUGAAGGAAAACCAUUUCUGCUCUUCCCUCACCACCUGAUCAUAAACCUUUUUUCCAGUGAGAGGAAAUCUGACCAAGCUCUGAAAAUCAAGUGUAAGAAAAACAUGUUAAAUGAUACUCAAUAAAGAGAACAAGUAAUAUAAUUUUGAAAAGAAAAUUAAGCUAGUUCCCACUUUGUUUCAAUACUCCACUCUCAAGGAGUCUAAAUUGAAGGAGAGUGAAGAACAAAAGUAGAAAAGGGUUAUCACUGGAAGACAUAAAAUGACUGCUUUACUCUUGUUCUGAUAAGUUGGACAGGAUAAGAUUGAGAUUUGGUUUAGAAUCUUAAGUUGAGAUGAUGACUGUAAGGAGGAGGAAUGUGGUAAGUGGUUCAGAACAGUAGCCAUGAGUAUAGUAAAAAAAAAGUAAUAAUAAGAGAAGCUACACUAUAACAUUUUAUUAGUUAGAUAUAUUUAAAGUGUUAGUUAGGAUUUGAUGAGAUUCAGACAUUGACUCUGCAGUAUUUAAAGGUGAGUAAAGCCUUCAGUUUAUAACAAGUGUAUUCCAUUAGUAGACAAGGUCCCUCUAUGGGGCCAGCAUGUGAUAUGGUGGAGGGAUGAUUCAAGAGAGAGAAUACUUUAUGUAGUUGAAGUUGAUAGUUGUUUGUUGGUGCUCUUAAUAAUCACUCAGCAGUAUACAUCACUGUACUCUUGCAAUUUAUAUUUUCAUAUUGUUGAGUCCACUACAGUAUUUUAGAAGAAAUAUUUAUUUUUUGAUCAUGCAAUUAUUGUUGAAGACAUUAUAUUUUUAUACAGUAGUGCAUUUUUCUUGAUAAAGAUAAAUGGAUCUGAUGAAAGAUGUAAGACUAAGAGAAAGAUCAUUGAUGGGAUGUAUCUGUGGUGUGAAGAGAGUUGUUGUAGAUCAAAGAGCAAAGAGGAAUGGUUGCACUUGCUAGGAAAGAAUGGAGAGCAAUUGUGAUGCAUAAAUUGAGCCACAUCAUCAACAAGAGGUGCUGUCACAUCUGGUCUGAUUAGCUGAUCAAUUCAGGUGUAGAGAGAAGGAUGGUUCUAUUAUGUUGCACCUGGGUGAAACAAACCCUGUUGUGGGCGAUGCUUGUUUAUGCUGUGUUACUGACCAUGACUUGUAUGUGUUGCUGUGAGGAUCAGUCCUUUCUUCCUCAAAUGAAUGAAGAAAGAUCUUUGGGAAUAUGUAUGUAUGUCUUAGUUGGUUUCCUUUAAGCAGGAUGUUAGACUGGUUUAUAGAUAGAUAGUUAUUGAGUUAAUGAUGUAGCUUCUUGAAUUAUUCACACACACACACUCACAGUAGAAUAACAUAGUGGACAGGAAGUAUAGAAAUGCUAACAUUGUUAGUCAUUUAGGUAAGUUCAUAGUGCCUUAGCAUGGUGAGGGGAGCUGUCUCCAUGUAAAAAGAUGAUGAGCAGUUUCCAUCUUAAAUGGAAAAAAAAUUCAGUACAUAGUUUUUAUAAUGCUCACUUUUAUUGUUAGUGUAAAUUAUUUAUUUUUAAGAUCUGUUAGUAUUGUAAAGUGUGAGGAGUUUUGUAGAUAUAAGGGGCUGUGCUGAGAUUAAAUUUUUGCCAUACAAA